GUGGCGAGCGCCGCGCCCGUGACGAGGGGAGGUGGCGGGGACGCGCGGGAGAGGGGAGGGGAGUCAGCCCGUUAUUGACGUUUGGGGCCGGUGGCUCCGGCUGUAGCUCCUCACGCGGGGGGAGGAACCGGGGAAGGGAGACAAAGCGAAGGAGCUGCCAGGUGGCAAGGAGGAGAGGGGCUGGAGCUCCCUGCUGCCAUGGGGGCACAGGACCGGCCUCAGUGCUUCUUUGAUAUAGAAAUAAAUCGGGAACCAGUUGGUCGAAUUAUGUUUCAGCUGUUCUCAGAUGUAUGUCCAAAGACUUGCAAAAACUUUCUUUGCUUAUGUUCAGGUGAGAAAGGAAUUGGAAAAACAACUAGAAAAAAGCUGUGUUACAAAGGCUCUACUUUCCAUCGUGUGGUUAAAAACUUCAUGAUUCAGGGUGGAGACUUCAGUGAAGGUAAUGGAAAAGGAGGUGAAUCUAUUUAUGGUGGAUAUUUUAAAGAUGAAAACUUUGUUCUCAAACAUGACAGAGCGUUCCUUUUGUCAAUGGCAAACCGAGGCAAACAUACCAAUGGUUCCCAAUUUUUCAUAACAACAAAGCCUGCUCCUCAUCUUGAUGGUGUACAUGUUGUCUUUGGACUGGUUAUUUCUGGUUUUGAAGUAAUAGAACAAAUAGAAAAUCUGAAAACUGAUACUGCAAGUAGGCCAUAUGCAGACGUGCGAGUUAUUGACUGUGGAGUACUCGUUACAAAAUCAGCAAAAAAUGUUUUAGAGAAAAAGAGGAAAGCGUCUACUCAUUCCGAAGCUUCAGAUUCCUCCUCUAGCUCAUCAACCUCUUCAGAAUCUUCAUCGGAAAGUGAAGUUGAAAAUGAGAAAAGUAGAAGAAGAAAGCGCAAGAGAAGAACUAAAAUUAAACAAUCAAGAAAGCGAAGAAGGGAAGAGAGAAAGAAAGAGGAGCCAAGGUGCAAACGGAUAUCAAACCAAAGAGGCAGCCAUUCUGACAAGAGUGAUGUAAAUGAGAGAAAAUCAGUUGACUUGAGCACAAAAAGGGACAAACCUGUGGUUCGCCCUGAAGAAAUUCCGCCAGUGCCUGAAAAUAGAUUUUUGCUGAGAAGAGAUGUGCCUGUUGUCAAAGUAGAAUCGGAGCCGAAACUUCUUGAUGUUGCACCAGUUUUGACUGACCAGAAGCCAUCAGUCUCUAAAUCUGGAAGAAAAAUUAAAGGAAGAGGAACAAUACGAUACCACACACCACCUCGAUCACGAUCCUGUUCUGAAUCUGAUGAUGAUGAGAGCAGUGAAACCCCUCCUCAUUGGAAAGAGGAGAUGCAGAGAUUAAGAACAUACAGACCACCCAGUGGGGAGAAGUGGAGUAAAGGAGAUAAGUUGAGUGACCCAUGUUCAAGCAGAUGGGAUGAAAGAAGUUUGUCCCAGCGGUCAAGAUCCUGGUCACAUAAUGGCUAUUCUGACCUCAGUACCCUGAGGUAUACCAGCCACCACAAAAAGCACCGAAAAGAGAAAAAGAAGCCAAAACACAAAAAGAAAGUCAAAAAGCAAAAGCAUAUCAAGAAACAUAAACAAACUAAAAAAAAGAGAGCCUCACCCUCAUCAGAGGUAGAAUCCUCUCGUUCUUCUAUCAGGAGGACAAAGUCAUCUCGGGAUCGUGAGAGGAAGUCUCCUUCUUCCUCAUUAUCUUCUAGACGCUCAUCCAGAAGAGACUGGUCUAAAUCUGACAAAGAUGACCAGAGUUCAUCAACUCUCUCAAGCAGAGAUUCUCGAUCAUAUUACAGGUCCAGGUGUAGAUCCAGAUCUAGAUCUAGAUCUUAUUCUAGAAGAAGUUCUAGAUCAAGAACAGCAUCUAAAUUGUCUCAUUCUCGAAGCAGAUCAAGAUCUAGCACUAACUCCAGGCACCACAGGACAGUUUCAAAUUCACCACGAAAUACUAAAGCAGAAUUGAAUGAAAAUAAGCCAGAUAAGACUGAACCUGUAAGAGCAGCAGUACCACAGAGUGAUAAAGUUGUAAUACAACCUGUUGUAGCUGAAAAUAUUCCGGUUAUACCCUUAAGUGACAGUCCUCCACCUUCCAGGUGGAAACCUGGACAAAAGCCCUGGAAACCAUCCUAUGAGCGAAUUCAGGAAAUGAAAGCUAAAGCAACCCAUUUAAUGCCUACCCAAAGUAACUACAAUUUAGCAAAUAUUAAAGAGGUUAAUACUUCCUCCUCCUCCCAUAAGCGACAAAAGAGUUCAGAUAGUGAUCGAAGUGGUUAUUCAAGGUCUCGUAGUGAGAGAAGUUCAGAUAGUUGGCUAAGAUCAAGGAGCAGGUCUUCUCGAAGCAGAUCCUACUCUAGAUCUUACACAAGAUCAAGGAGUCCAUCUAGUUCAAGAUCAAGAUCUCGGUCAACUGGCAGAUCUCAGUCACCAAAUAGAUAUCACAGUGACCAGUCAGGUUAUAGCGGGUCAUCAUCUUAUUACUCUCUUAGUGAUGACGAUAGACAUGGAAGCAAAAGGAAGUCUGAAUCCAGUGAGCAAAAUUUCCAAUCAUUGAAGAAAAGGCAAGAGAGUAGCUCCGAAAGUAGCACAGUUGUCAGGAAAAGUAAAGCCUACGAUGAGUCUUCUCAAGGACUAAAAGAGAGUGAGAGAAGAUCAUCUUUAGACUUCUCUACGGAUAGUGAGCAUUCUGUUAAAAUGCAGCCAGUCCAGGAGAAAGAAGGACAUUCUCAACCAGAAGGAGACAACCAGAAAGAGAAUAAAAACAAUUUGACUGCUGACAGAAGUGAGGAGAAAUCCAAGUCUGAAUGGGACAGUGACCAUUCAAAAAAGAAAUCUUUGAGGGAGAGAACUUCUGAACAGCAUAGAAGUGGUGCAAAGACAAAAAGAAAGACUUAUUCAGGCAGUAAAUGGGACUCGGAAUCAAAUUCAGAAAGAGGAGAGACUAGAAAUGGUAGAGAAGAUUCUAGGCCCUCAUCCAGUAAAGAGGAAGGUGAGGCCACAUCAGGAUCUGAUACAGAGGUCAGUCUUACCAAAAGCAGGGUGAAAACUAAAUCAAAUUCUUCAGAAGGUUUUCUGGAUUCUUCUGAUCAUACCUGGAAAACAAGCAAGCAACAGUCCUCCUCUUCUGCAUCUGAGAAUUCCCACUCCAGUUUGGCAAAUAUUAAAGGAAAGUCAAAAAAACACAAACAUGGGUCCAAAAAGAACCUCAAAAAGUCACAUUCCAAAAAAGCCAAAGAGAAAUCAAAGGAGAAAAAAGAGAAGAAGCAUAAGGUUCAGAAACAAAAAGAGCUUUUUCACUGGCAGCCUCCACUGGAGUUUGGGGAGGAGGAAGAUGAGGACAUGAAUGAAAAGCCUGUUACCAGAGAUGAUAAAAAACAAAAGCAACUUACCGGGGACAGUAAAGAUAAAAACCAACAAGCUUAUGAAAACAACAAAAUGUGCAAAGAUAAAACUGGAAAUGGUGAAAAGUAUUGUGAAGAUGAGAACCUCUCAAGCAGGAACACUACGUGCAAUACAUCACCAGAUCAUAGUCACCUUAAUAAAGAUAACAGUGAGCACAACUAUUCAGCCAGUACAUUAAAUCCAGAAAUAAAUGUGGUUACUUCAAAGAAAGGUGUUAAACAUAUUGAAGAAAGUAAACAAAAUGGAUCAGAGGAUGUUAUGCAGACAGAUGAUAACAUGGAGAUUUGUACUCCAGAUCGUAACUCUCCUGGGAAGGUGGUUGUGGACAUUUUGUCUCCUGUCAUCCUGAGUGCUAAAUCUCAGACUGUAAAUAUUAAUGCAAACAAAGAUUUACAGAAUGAGAACCCUGGACCAGACACAACCAAACAAGGAAACUGUAUUAAACAAUUGAUCAAUGUUAAAGAAGUCAAAAAACCAGAAAUACAAGACAGUAGCUCCGUCACCAUCGUCGCUACUGUGGAAAACACUUUGAAAACUGAAAUAACUGAAAAUAUACAAAGCAGUAUGAUAGAUAAUAAAUGGAAACCUUUACAGGGUGUAGGUAAUCUACAAUCUGCUACUACUAGUAGUGCUGCAGAAGUUACAAACAGUACAUCAGCACCUGACUCUAAGCCACAAGGUUUAAGAAUAGAAAUAAAAAGUAAAAAUAAAGUCAGGCCAGGAUCUCUGUUUGAUGAAGUUAGAAAGACAGCACGGUUAAAUCGGAGACCAAGGAACCAAGAGAGUUCAAGUGAUGAACAGUCUCCUCCAAGUAGAGAUGACAACAGCCAAUCCAGGAGUCUAAGUAGGUCACGAAGUAAAUCUGAAUCUAAAUCCAGACAUAGAACAAGAUCUCUAUCCUACAGUCACUCAAGAAGUCGAUCACGAAGUUCCACUUACUCAUAUAGAUCAAGAAGCUAUACAAGAAGCCGAAGCAGAGGAUGGUACAGUAGAGAUCGGUCAAGAAGUCGAAGUAGAUCUUAUCACAGUUACAAGAGUCAUAGUCGAACCUAUAGUAGAAGUCGAUCCAGAAGCAGUUCAUAUGAUCAUCACAGUCGAUCCAGUAGGUCAUAUACUUAUGAUAGUUACUAUAGCAGAAGUCGUAGUCGAAGUAGAAGUCAGAGGAGUGACAGCUACCACAGAUCUCGAAGUUAUGACAGACGAUCCAGGUCUUAUGGCUCUGACAGUGAAAGUGAUCGCAGUUCCUCUAACAACCGAAGCCCCAGUGAAAGCAGCAGAUCUAGCUGAGAAUGUCUCCUCAGCAAUGUAGAUUGUGAUUAGUAAUUCUGUGUAAAUGUUGUAAUACCUUUGUUCUGUCAGUGUCACAAGUGAAGGUGAAGGAUGUUUCCUGAGUGAGGUGAAACUUGCUUAUUAGCAGUGGAUUCGUUUGACUGGCUGCAUUGAUGAAUGGACAUUUUGAGCACAACUCAGCUAAGGUUUUGGGUUUUUUCCCUUAUACCAAAUGCUACUGUAACAAACUAUGAAGAUUAACUUUACUUGAUUGAAUCGCAUUUUCCAAGCCAUGAAAUUACAUUUAUGUACAUUUGCUGGUAUUCCCUUUCUGGGUGCAGCAAUCUGUACUGUCUCAAAGUAUCCGUAUAAAUACCGGAGGGCUCUCAGCCUAUUAUUUUGAAGUAAAUGCUGAUAACUAUAAAACUUUGAAGAAAAAUAUUUGUAAAGGCUGCCAUCUGUAUAUUUUAUUAAAAUGCUUAUUUUUAAAUGCUGGCCGUCAGUUCAGUGGUGUCUUGUACAUACUUCUUAUAAACGUAGAUUUGAGUAACAGUAGCAAGGUGAUGAAAUCCGACUGCCACACUGUCUUAACACUCAACCCCUUUGUACCUUGCUAUUGCAAAGGUAUAAGGAAAAGGGUGAGAUAUUGUAUACCAAGCAGAUUGUAAUAAUUCGGCACAAUGUGCAAAGAAAAGGGUGAUGAAUCAGAGUUGAUUCUUAAUAUCCGAGUUGUUGUCUAAGAACUUAAAUGUUUUUAAGUGAUUUUCUUUGUGAUAAUUAACUCAGUGUUUAAGACCCCAGAAAAAAAAAUUGCUUCUAGGCAGUCCUAUUUCAUUUCAUGCCACUGUGCGUGGAGCACAUCAGUUUGUCUUUGAAGCUGAAUGUUAUAAAUCUUUGAGUCACAUUAUAAGUCCAUGAAAAUAGACAUGAAAAAUAGUUUUGACAGAAUAAAUCGUAAUGGCCCAUUCCAAAAUGUUUGUAGGUAAAACAUUUUCUUCUAAGUUAGGAUGUAUCCCUUCUGUCUUAGGGCGAUGUCAUUGUGCAGUUAUUGGACUAUUUAUUAAUCUGUAAUAUGGCAUUGCUAUAAAAGUGAUAUCCUUAAUAAAAAGUAUCCACAAUACUUUGAAAGUUUGAUACCAAAAGUGAGUCCACAUUAUGGACAAAUGGUUUGCAAAAGUUGUGUUGAAUAAUUUUUUGCAAAACUCUGGUUCAACUGAUUUAAAAUUACUUGUAAAUAAAUACAUUUUUCAUUGUUUAAGAAUUUGUAUACUAAGAAAUGAUUUUUUUUAUUUAAAUGGCAGUAAUAAACUCCUGAAAUCUGGGUUUAUAAUGGAAAAGCUGACUAAUAUAGCUUUAGCGGUGCUAAUGAGUACUGCAAUGUACUAUAAUAGCUUGCUUUACUAACUUUCUGUAUUACUUUGAGAUUUACUUUUCUCAAAUGUUUUUGCAACAGUAAAAUUUUUUUUAUCAGGAGCUUUGAAGUAUAAAAUUGUCAAUUUUCUUCUUAGUUAAUUCAAUAAUUUUGAUAGCAUUAAAUUACUAAAAAUUAGUCUUUAGGUGCUCAACUGAAACAUGCAAAGGAAAUUAAAAAAAAAGGUUGAAAAUGUAAUGUCAUACUCCGCUUACCUUCUGUGCAUAGAUAAGAGGGGGAAGUCAGUUUGCAAGGUCCUGGGAUACCUAGUUCUAAACUAAUUGAGAUAUGAAUAUCUAGCUUUCAAACAUAAGUCCAAAUCAGGUUCUUAAUUCCAAAAGUUAGGAUUAAACCCUUCUAACACUUAUGGUAGCUUUAAAAGAAAAAGCACACCCACAAUCUUUUAAAUCCAUAUUUUGUAAGUUCUUGAAAUAUACAUUCAACUGAAGCUAUAAAUAGUUGUGUUCUAGCAGGUCAUGCAGGUUUACAGAAAUUUUUCUAAUAAAGUUGCAACCUGCUAAUCAAUGAAUGAAUGUCAUUGCUAACUCAAAACAACUAGAAUGUUAUUUGGAGCAGAUCCAUAAUUUUAAAUGCAAAAGCAAGUGAAUAUUUCACCUUGUUUGCAAGGGAUUAAUUCAUAUUAAAGUUUUACUAUUUUAAGUGCUAAACAUGAAAUAAGGCAUCCAAAAUCUUAAACACUGCCAUAUCACAUGGGGUCAAAACAAAAAGUGUUCCCAGGCUAUAACUUUGUCAUGUUUCAGGCUAGAGUUGACUUUUAAAGCUAGAAAAACAGGGUGCAAUAGAAAUACUGUUAACUAAUAAUUAUACCAGUCCAAAGCAGACUGCUAGAAUGUUAUAUUUUUAUGGUCCACAUCAGCAGUUGUCGCUUUUUAAAGGGAUUCACUCUGUAUUACGUCGAAUUGUCCUAAUAGAAAAUGCACUAUUGAGCCUUUUUAUAAUGUUCUGUUUACUUACUGCAAAUUUGUUAUUCAGAAACAGGGAGUGGUUAGAAAUGUCAAUGGAAUUUUUGUACAUAUAUGCAAACACUGAUUUCUUCACAUUUGAAAAAAUUCCUCUAUUACUUAAGAGGGGAACUUAAAGAAAUUAAAAGUAUACUUCAAGUUCUAUA